AAUACGACUCAAAAGCGAUUGAAUUGUGUUUUGUUUGCGAAUAGCAUUUCAAUCGUUAUAUUAGCGUUCAUUCAGUCGUCCAUUCAGUCAUCCAUUGAGUCAGUUGUGGACAAUCGUUGGACACAACCCUCGCUGUCAUGUUUGGCUCCAACAAUAAGUCUUUGUUCGGCACUUCCAACACUUCCAGUGCUUUCGGACAACCGAAUACAUCCACAUUUGGAGUGCAGUCGACGCCAACCAAUGGACCCUUUGGUGCGAUGAGUGGAUCCCAACCGCAACAGCAGUCGCUGUUUGGGUCGACGGCCGGACAGCCAUUGUUUGGGUCGUCGCAGCCCUCGAUCUUCGGGUCGACGCCCAACACGGGGACCACCAAUACGUUCGGCGCGCAGUCGACGACCGGUGCGUUCGGCGCCACCACUUCAUCCAUCUUCGGGGGUAACCAACAGAAUAACUCACUGUUUGGUGGCAACCGUUUCGGUGGCACCACAUCCACGCCAUCGCCCUUUGGAAGCACUUCUUUGGCGCCGACGAUGAGCGCACCCAAUGGUACGACCGUUAAGUUCAACCCAACCGCUGGAACCGAUACUAUGAUGAAGAACGGAGUGUCGCAGAAC